CGGUGCCGUCGGGGCCGCGCCCCCGGAGGCGGCAGCGCAGGAGGCCCCGAGCCCGGCGGCUCCAUGGCCGCGGGGGGGGAGGCCGUGUUCGGGCUGGCCGAGGACGAGGAGGAAUCCCGGAUCCUAAGGGUGAAGGUCGUGGCUGGCAUUGACCUGGCCAAGAAGGACAUCUUUGGGGCCAGUGACCCCUAUGUGAAGCUCUCCCUCUAUGUGGCAGAUGAGAACCGAGAGUUGGCUCUUGUGCAGACCAAAACCAUCAAGAAGACCCUAAAUCCCAAGUGGAAUGAGGAAUUCUACUUCCGGGUUAACCCCAGUAACCAUCGGCUCCUGUUUGAGGUGUUCGAUGAGAACAGACUGACCAGAGACGACUUCCUGGGCCAGGUGGAUGUGCCCCUGAGUCACCUGCCGACGGAGGAUCCCGGCAUGGAGCGGCCAUACAGCUUCAAGGACUUCCUGCUGCGGCCCCGCAGCCACAAGUCCCGGGUCAAGGGCUUCCUGCGCCUGAAGAUGGCUUACAUUCCCAAGAACGGGAAUGCCGAGGAGGAGAACCGGGAUGAGCCCGAGCCCUCCUGGGAUGCUCUGGACCCCAAUGAUGCAGCCCCACAGCUCCCGGCCCCACAGCUCCCACCGGGAUGGGAGGAGAAGCAGGAUAACCUGGGACGAACCUACUACGUGAACCACAACCACCGCAGCACCCAAUGGCACCGGCCCAGCCUGCUGGAUGUGGGAUCCGAGGCGGAUAACAGCGUGAGGCAGAUGAACCAGGAGGCUGCUCAUCGACGCUUCCGAUCCCGGAGGCACAUCAGUGAGGAGCUGGAGCCGGAAGCUAUGGAGGGCAGCGAGAUUCCAGAGCCUUGGGAUCCCAUCUCGGAAGAGGCCACUGGAGAUUCCCAACUUCUGGCAUUGCCUCCUCCGGCUUCCGGAGCUCCGGAGCUAUCCGAGGAGCUGAGCAGGAGGCUGCAGCUCUCCACUGAUUCCAAUGGGGAGCAGCUCGGGGCCCUGCUGCAACGGGAUCCUGCUGCCAGGCUGAGGUCCUGCAGUGUCACGGAUGGGGUUGGGGAGCAGGCCCAGCUCUGCCUGCCCUCCGUCGCCUACAUCCACACCACCCCAGGGCUGCCCUCGGGAUGGGAGGAGAGGAAGGAUGCCAAGGGCAGGACCUACUACGUGAACCACAACAACAGAACUACUACCUGGACCAGACCCAUCAUGCAGCUGGCAGAGGAUGGGAUGGGGGCAUCGGGAUCCAGCAGCAGCCACCUGAGUGAGCCCCAGAUCCGGAGGCCGCGCAGCCUCAGCUCACCCACUGUCACCCUAUCGGCUCCCCUCGAGGGCCUGAAGGAGUCCCCCGUGCGCCGGGCAGUGAAGGACACCCUGUCCAACCCCCAGACCCCACAGCCGUCCCCAUACAACUCCCCCAAGCCCCAGCACAAGGGGGCCCAGAGCUUCCUGCCCCCCGGAUGGGAGAUGCGCAUUGCCCCCAAUGGGCGACCCUUCUUCAUCGACCACAACACCAAGACCACCACAUGGGAGGACCCACGCCUGAAAUUCCCAGUUCAUUUGAGGUCCAAAACAUCCCUAAAUCCCAACGACUUGGGGCCUCUCCCUCCCGGCUGGGAGGAGCGCAUCCACCUGGAUGGGAGGACCUUCUACAUCGACCACAAUAACAAGAUCACCCAAUGGGAAGAUCCCAGGCUCCAGAACCCGGCUAUUACUGGACCAGCCGUGCCCUAUUCCCGGGAAUUCAAGCAGAAAUAUGACUACUUCCGUAAGAAGCUGAAGAAACCUGCCGACAUUCCCAACCGGUUCGAGAUGAAGCUCCAUAGGAACAACAUCCUGGAGGAGUCCUACCGCCGCAUCAUGGCCGUCAAGCGGCCGGACGUGCUCAAAGCCAGGCUUUGGAUCGAGUUUGAGGCGGAGAAAGGCCUGGACUAUGGAGGCGUGGCUCGGGAAUGGUUCUUCCUGCUCUCCAAGGAGAUGUUCAACCCCUACUAUGGGCUCUUCGAGUACUCGGCCACGGAUAACUACACCCUCCAGAUCAACCCCAACUCAGGCCUGUGCAACGAGGAUCACUUGUCCUACUUCACCUUCAUCGGGCGGGUGGCCGGACUGGCCGUGUACCAUGGGAAGCUGCUGGAUGGCUUCUUCAUCCGGCCCUUCUACAAGAUGAUGCUGGGCAAGCCCAUUACCCUCAAGGACAUGGAGUCAGUGGACAGUGAAUACUACAACUCCCUGAAGUGGAUCCUGGAGAACGAUCCCACUGAGCUGGAUCUCAUGUUCUGCAUCGAUGAGGAGAACUUCGGGCAGACCUACCAGGUGGACCUGAAGCCCAACGGCUCCGAGAUCAUGGUGACCAACGACAACAAGCGCGAGUACAUCGACCUGGUGAUCCAGUGGCGGUUCGUGAACCGUGUCCAGAAGCAGAUGAACGCGUUCCUGGAGGGAUUCACGGAGCUGCUGCCCAUUGACCUCAUCAAGAUCUUCGAUGAGAAUGAGCUGGAGCUGCUGAUGUGCGGCCUGGGUGACGUGGACGUCAACGACUGGAGACAACACACCAUCUACAAGAACGGCUACUGCCCCAACCACCCUGUCAUCCAGUGGUUCUGGAAGGCUGUGCUGCUGAUGGAUGCGGAGAAGCGGAUCCGACUGUUGCAGUUUGUCACGGGGACCUCACGUGUGCCUAUGAAUGGGUUUGCUGAGCUCUAUGGUUCUAAUGGUCCUCAGCUGUUUACAAUCGAGCAAUGGGGAAGUCCUGACAAGCUGCCCAGAGCUCACACAUGCUUUAACCGCCUGGACUUACCUGUGUACGAGUCCUUCGAGGAGCUGCGGGAGAAGCUGCUGCUGGCAGUGGAGAACGCACAAGGCUUCGAGGGGGUGGAUUAGGGUCCUACAGUCGGCCCCAUGGAGCAAACCCCACUGCAGGACUUGAGCUGUGCCCUGGGGUUGUCAGCCCCACACCAUGGACUGAGCUGUACCCUGGGGCUGUCAGCCCCACACCAUGGACUGAGCUGUGCCCUGGGGCUGCUGCCCCACACCAUGGACUGAGGCCUGUCCUGUCCUGCAGGACUUGAGCUGUGCCCUGGGGCUGUCAGCCCCACACCAUGGACUGAGGCCUGUCCCAUCCUGCAGGACUCUAUUUAUGUUGUGCCUCUGUAGGCAAAGCCCUCAAUAAACACUUUGUAAUGGCAA